UUGUACAACGACAACCGUUGAUCAAUCAAUAUGACUUCUUUGUGGUUUAUGUUAGCCUUCAUCUCCGUAACUUAUGCAUGGAACAAACAUAUGGAAGUUCCUGGCAUGUAUCAAGGGGAUAUUUUGCUGACUCCCGAACAACGUGAAAAAUUAAACAGGGAUCCGAAUUCUUUUGGCUCAAUCGUUGGUAGAAGAUGGCCUGGUGGUAAAAUCGCAUAUCAGAUUGCCAGUAACCUUGGAUCACGUGCAAGAAAUGCAAUUAGCGCUGCGAUAGCAGAUUAUCACAAAUACACCUGUUUACGUUUCUCACCAAGACAGGGAGAGAGAAAUUAUAUCGACUUUGUUUAUUCCACUGGUUGUAACUCUCCCGUUGGUAUGUACGGAAGAAAUAGGAUAUCGUUAGAUUCUGGAUGUUGGGACAAAGGAACAGUACUUCAUGAGAUUGGACAUAGCAUCGGUUUGCAGCACGAACAAUGUCGUCCAGAUCGGGAUGGUUUCGUUAAAGUUCACUUACAGAACAUCAAUGGACCAUGGGCAUAUGCUUUUAACAAAGAAAGAAAUGUAAACUCUUUGGGUACACCUUACGAUCUCAAAUCAAUGAUGCAUUACAGCUCCACAGCUUUUGCAAAACGUGGUACAAAGACAAUCACUACGAAGGAUCCAAGUAAACAACAUUUGAUUGACACAUACAACAGAAUCAGUGGAUUCAGUGAAAUGGACAUCAAACAAAUUGGACUCAUGUAUAAUCACAUUUGUACUGGAGGACCGCCACCGAGCGGUGUUCCACCGCCAGACAACUGCAAAAAUAAUCACCAGAGAUGUCAAGAAUGGGCAAAUCGUGGAGAAUGUCAGAAGAAUCCGCGUUACAUGCAUCACAAUUGUAAAAAGUCGUGCAAUAAAUGCUAAAUUUGACUUUUGCUUGUUAUUUAAUAAAGCUUGGUUUCCAUUAAAA